AUGCAGCGGAGCGCCGCCAAGGGCUUGUGCCGUCUCAUCUGGCGCAUUCGCGACGUCCGCGUGGCUGCAUGGCCCACCUUCGACGAGAUAAGCGAAGCUCUCAGCCAAAAGGCGCAGGCCAAUUGGACCCAAGUCGCUGAGGCCGAGCUCGAGCUCGACCUGCCUAAGUGGCUGCCGGGCGUGAAGCGUGUGCUCAUUGACCGUGUUGUCGACCCGGCCUCGUCCGCUGACACGGACCCGCGCCCCGGCUUUACACACAAAGGCCUGGAGCAGAUCUUCCUGAUGAGCCUGGGGCUGUUCGGGGACGACGCAAGCAGCGAGCUCAAGGACACCUUCCUGGCCAAGCUCAGCGAUCUCGACCUUCACGCUGCCGACCACUACGCAGUGAAGACGGCAGUGCACGUGGCCAUGGAGUUGGCUUCCGCGUGGUGUCACGAAGCUAGGCGGCCAAACCGCCCCCGCCCCCGCGGAGCAGCACAAGCCGUACAGGAAGAGACGAGGGAGGAAGAGGAGGCGCGAGGCAUUUCCAGCGUGGACGAGGAGACCAAGGUGGUCUUGUCCGCCAUUGUCCGAUGCGAGCGUGUCUGGGCCGACAGAGAGCAGGUGCAACAGCUGCGCAGGCUUCUGAGACAAAAGCUGAGAAUCCUUGGGAAUCCAACCAGGCGAGGACUGGCGCGGGCCCUGGGCAUUGCAGCCGAGCUGCCCCCGGCAACGGAGGAGGAGGCGCGAGAGGAGGCCGAGGAGAAGGCCGAACGCCGUCGGCUCUUUGGACGCAACUGA